GUCUCUUUCUCUUCUCCCUCCCUCUAUUUGACACAUAGACGAGUAAAUCAUCAUUGAUUUUGGUUACUCUUGUUCAGCAAUUCAAUCUUUGUUCCGAAGAUUCGAAUUGUGUGUCACUUGCUAGCCAGCCAAUUCCAGCUCUCCUUGAUCAAGUUAUGGUGAUUUAUACCGCUCCUUCGUGAUCUCAAUCGAAGCUUAUCAUAUCACCUCCGGCAUGCACUGGACUCCUCUUUGUCUCGUCUAUAAAUUCUCUGUUUCACACAACACACAAGUCUCUCUGUAUUUGUUGAUGCUCAUCUAACAAGUCUUCUUCAGAGAACAAAGCCUGAGAGAUAUACUGUGUAAGAGAUGGUUGCCUUUGGGAAAAAGUUGAAGGAAAGGCAAAUCCAAGAAUGGCAAGGAUAUUACAUCAACUACAAAUUGAUGAAGAAAAAAGUGAAACAAUACACCCGCCAAAUUGAAGUUAGAGCACUAGAUCGCCGAAAUGUUCUUAAGGAUUUCUCAAGAAUGUUGGACAACCAGAUUGAAAAGAUUGUCCUUUUUCUGUUGGAACAAGAAGGGCUACUUGCAAGCAGGAUAGCAAAUCUUAAUGAACAACAGGAUUCUCUUCAAGAGCAGCCAGAUAUUUCCAAAAUAUCUGAACUACGGGAAGCUUAUAGAGCAGUUGGGCAAGAUCUUUUAAAGCUUUUCUUUUUUGUUGAGAUAAACGCCAUUGGUCUGCGUAAGAUCCUGAAGAAAUUUGACAAACGCUUUGGCUAUAGAUUCACCGAUUACUAUGUCAAAACGCGUGCUAAUCAUCCCUAUUCCCAGCUUCAGCAAGUGUUCAAGCAUGUGGGUUUAGUUGCAGUUGUGGGAGCCAUAUCUCGCAAUCUUGCAGAACUUCAGGACCGCCAGGGAAGCUACUUGUCAAUUUAUGAUCAGCCUGGUCUCCCCCUCCAGGAUCCUGUCAUUGAAGCAAUUAAAAAGGCUGCAGACAGAUUAACCUACUCAACAAAUUUCCUUCACUAUUUGGCACAACAUGCUCUUAUUAUGCAAGAAGAGUUGCCUACUCCUGCUGAGGAACUUGUUGAUGACCAAAGAUACCAUUUUAUAUCUCUUCUGUUGAACUUGGCAAACACGUUUCUUUAUAUGGUGAAUACCUAUAUUAUUGUUCCAACAGCGGAUGACUACUCCAUGAGCCUUGGUGCUGCAGCAACAGUUUGUGGGAUUGUGAUUGGUGCAAUGGCUGUUGCACAGGUCUUUUCUUCAGUGUAUUUCAGUGCUUGGUCUAACAGAUCAUACUUCAAACCUCUAGUAUUUAGCAGUAUAGUUCUUGUUGUGGGAAAUGCUAUGUAUGCAUUGGCUUACGAUCUCAAUUCAAUAAUGGUUCUUAUUAUUGGUCGUCUAUUUUGCGGUUUGGGUUCUGCUAGAGCAGUUAACCGGCGAUAUAUCAGUGAUUGUGUACCACUUAAAAUCCGCCUGCAGGCUUCAGCGGGUUUUGUUAGUGCCAGUGCUCUUGGAAUGGCUUGUGGCCCUGCACUUGGUGGCUUACUUCAAACUAAUUUUAAGAUACAUAAGAUCACCUUUAAUCAAGAGACUUUGCCUGGUUGGUUAAUGGCUGCGGCAUGGUUAAUUUACCUACUGUGGUUGUGGAUCUCAUUUAAAGAACCUGCUCGUGAAGCUGAAGAGAACCAUACACCACAAGAAUCUAAUGCUGAGAAUGAUAAGCUUGAGAAUAGUCUUGCACAACCGUUGCUUUUAACCUCAGAGGAGAACGAACUGGAUGAAGAAGGUGCCCAAGAUUGUGAUGCAAGUGAAGAAGCUCCUCAGGACUCUUAUCAGCCAGCCAACUCUAUAGGAUCUGCGUAUAGGUUACUUACACCUUCUGUAAAGGUUCAAUUGCUGAUUUACUUCAUGCUGAAAUAUGCAAUGGAGAUUCUUCUCUCAGAAUCUAGUGUCAUUACCACACACUACUUUAAUUGGUCUACAGGCACAGUGGCAAUAUUUCUUGCAUGCCUUGGCCUAACAGUUCUUCCAGUAAAUGUUGUUGUUGGAAGCUACAUAAGCAACAUGUUUGAAGACAGGUAGUUUUUUUUCGUGAGAAACAUGAUUUACUUAUGAACUUGGGUUUUAAUUAUUAGUUAUAAAUAGUUGUGUAAUUUGUUCCAUGAAGGCAUCUUCUGGUACUCAACCGAAGAAUAUUCGCAAUGCAGAUAUUAAAGUUUUGACAACAGUAGAAGCAACAUUUGCUUCUCAUUUUGCAUCAGUAAUGUCAUAACCAGUCCCACAAAGUAUAUGCUGGAGUCCCUUCUGUAAGACUAACUUUCCACUUGAUAAGAUGACCACGAUUACCAGUGCCAAGCAGAUGCAUUGCUUUGUGGUUGACAUGACCAGUUCAUUGUCGGCUGCAGUCGACAAGACCUUUUGAGGCCAUUCGUGGUUGAACCAUUUGAUCUGAUGAUUACAUUGAGCCUUCACAACAGUCUGUCUAUGGUGUAAAAACAGUUAUUGACUAUGGACUAUCAGAUUGAUGACAUCAUCACCCUUGAGUAGGCAUGACAAAUGCAUUUUUCUGGAAAGAUUAUACUUUUCGGGCUUGAUUUAAUGCCUCUUUUAUGGUUUGAGAUCUAGGAAGCAUGGAUAUAGAUACGGGAAUACGGCAAAAUUCAAAAAUAGAGGACAAAGGUACGGCGAUGAUACGGCUAUUAAAAUAAUAUAAUAUAUUUUUAAAAUAAUAAAAGAGUUAUAAUAUAUUAAAAAUAAAGCAUAUAUUAUAAC